GCCUUUUUGCUUGGUCGAUGCAGCUCGGAGUGGCUGGGACCUGCCCGAAUCAGUGGCACGUCUUCCAGGGCCGCUGCUAUCGGGCCUUCGAAGGGGCGGCGGAUUGGGAUCAGGCCAAAGCCGCCUGUGAAAGCUACGGUGCGACGUUGGCGUCGAUUCACAGCGAGGCGGAGAAUGAUCACUGCAUCUUCGCCUGUGGCAAUGUGAGGCCAUUCCACCAAGGAUGUUGGAUUGGUGGCACUGAUCGCCAUCCGAGGAAGCGCAACGUAUGGGUCUGGGUCGAUGGCAGCCCCUUCCAGUGGAGUAAGUGGUUCGAUCACGGCGGCGGGAAUGUGGAGCCCAACAACGACUUCUGCACGGAUCACCGGCACUGCAGGUAUGGGCACACUGCAGACUGCAACGUUUUGGAGGUUUCCAAGCCCUUCAAGGGAUAUUGGCUUGACACCUUCUGCACGGACCGGCAGAAGUUCAUUUGCAAGGUCGAUGAUUCAGACGCCGCUCAGAAGGCAGCCUCCGCCGCAACAGAGGCCUGGGAGGACGUCCCUCGCAAAGUCAAUGCGCCGCUGCCAUCACCUCCAAGGCCUGCGGUACCAGACCCUUCGUCUCCGAAGCUGGCAUCGCCUCCGCUUCCGGCACCGCCCCCGCCAGUGCCGGUACCACCGGUGCCGGUACCACCACCGCAGCCAUCACCACCAACACAGGAAGCCUCACCUGCAGCACCUGAAGCACCUGCGCCAACAGAGACCUCGCUACCGUCUUCUGCUUCAGCUCCGGGGCAGGUGGAGAAACCUGCGAUAGAACCGGUAGAGCAAGUGAAGCCUGUGGGGGACAGCGCCAAUCCUGAAGGCGAUCCAGAAGAGGACUACCCGGACGAGAUCUACCAGUAUCCCCAAGUCCGGCAGUAUGCCGAUCCUGAGUGGAUCUUUCACCUGCAGAGUUUGACGUUUGCGCCGCUACAGUUCAACCAGAGCCUGGAGGGCAUGCGACUACCCAGCAGCCUGCAGAGUUUGUCGUUUGGCGACGAGUUCAACCAGAGCCUGAAGAGCAUCCAACUACCCAGCAGCCAGUUUGACGUUUGGCGCCAUGUUCGACCAGAGCUUGAAGGGCAUCCGACUACCCCGCAGCCUGCAGAGUUUGACGUUUGGCGAGAGUUUCAACCAAAGCUUGGAGGGCAUCCGACUACCCCGCAGCCUGCAGAGUUUGACGUUUGGCGAGAGUUUCCACCAAAGCUUGGAGGGCAUCCGACUACCCCGCAGCCUGCAGAGUUUGACGUUGGCGAGAGUUUCAACCAAAGCUUGGAGGGCAUCCGACUACCCCGCAGCCUGCAGAGUUUGACGUUUGGCGAGGGUUUCCACCAAAGCUUGGAGGGCAUCCGACUACCCCGCAGCCUGCAGAGUUUGACGUUUGGCGAGAGUUUCAACCAAAACUUGAGGAGCAUCCAACUGCCCAGCAGCCAUCGUGUUCUGAAGCCUGAGGCGCGACCGCUUCCGGGGCAUUGA